UUAGUGUAUAUGCUGUUGAACGAAGCUCGCAAUGGGUAUGUAGUCCAAAUUUGGACCAUGUAUUUUUUAAUGUUAACUUCUACGAUCGUCGUGUUGUGUACGGCGAGAGAAGGAAAAGAACAAGUCGCUGAUAUGUCUCUUUGGAUCGACGAAAAACAAGUUAAAGAAUUUAGUGGGUUUCCUAUGGAAAUUCACGCAAUCGUUGGUGGCGUUGUUCUCCCUUAUAUUUUAGAUCCUAAUUUUGAAAAAUAUUUACCUGUUAUUCCAUCAGAGGUUGGAUUUGUUAAUUUUACAUGGAAAUCUGGGGAAAGAAAGCAAUAUUUUUAUGAUUUUGAUCAACUUCAAUCUUUUAAUAAAGAUAUAUUAGGUAAUCCUGUUAUAUCAAUUGAUACAAGAGGAAAAGUGCCAAGAAAACCAAGAGUUUUUCAAGUAUUUCUACCAUGUUUAGGAAAUCAAAGUGGAGUUGCUUCUUUUGGAAUUGGGUUACGUAUUCAAAAUGAAUCUGGAAAUUUUUUACCUGGAACACCUCUAAGACUGAAACUACAAAAACAAUGUGCAGAUCACGGUCCAGAUCCAGAAUGUGAUAAAAAGUGUGCCAAUGGUGGGAGAUGUAAUCAGCACAAAAUUUGUGAAUGUCCAAAAGGUUAUAUGGGAAAAUAUUGUCGUACAGCUCUUUGUUAUCCGCAAUGUAUGAAUGGAGGAACAUGUAUAUCUCCUGGAAUCUGUUCUUGUGCUGAUGGAUAUCAAGGACCUCAUUGUGAAGGAGGUAUCUGCCGUGAAAAAUGUCUUAAUGGAGGAAAAUGCAUUCAAAAAGAUACUUGUUCUUGUCGCAGAGGUUAUUAUGGAGCUAGAUGUGAAUACAGUAAAUGCCUUAUACCUUGUCUAAAUGACAGCAGAUGUGUUGGAGUUAAUCGUUGUCGAUGUAGAAAAGGAUUUUCUGGAUCACAAUGUGAACGAAUCAGUGAUCAACAGAAUUUGACUAAAAAAGAAAGCUGUAAGAAGAAAUGCAUACAUGGUGUAUGCAAGAAGAGACGUUGUUUGUGUGAAAAGGGGUGGUAUGGAAAGAAAUGUAACAGACGUAAGCCAAGGAGACGACGUCAAAGGAAAUUAUAUCUCUGAUUUUCCGAGGCGUCAACACUUUUAAAGAUUGUUCCUAUUUGAUCAAACUGUUACCAUCCUUGGAAUGCAACAGAAUAAGCAAUCACUCCUUGUUUUUGAACGACAAGUGUGCCAUUUGCAUUCUCCUAAGUGCAUUUUGACCAACUGCAAUUUGUGAUAAACUUCUAAAUGUGAACAAUAUUGUUUUUAGUUUUAUAUAUAAAAAUUAUAUAUGUAUAUUGCAAAUAUGUGCAGCUGUGAAUUAUAUAUAUAGAUUGACAGAUAUAUUUGCUGCUAUAAAGUUGUUGUAUAAAUGGUUAUUCUAAAAUUAAAAUUAAAAGAAUUGUUAAAGAUUUGAACAUUAUUGAUGAGCAUGAAAAAUUUUUAAAAAGAAUCUGUGAAAAAUCUGUACAGUUUAAUAAAAAAAAAAACCUUUUUUUUUUCUUUUUUUUUCUUAUAA